AUGAUUAAUCAAGCCACAGGAAAAAGUGCCAUCCUCAGUUAUUAUGGGUACGGCUGCUACUGCGGGUCUGAUGGCAAAGGGGAACCAAAGGAUGCGACAGAUUGGUGCUGCCGAGCUCAUCACUGCUGUUAUAAAAGGCUAAAAGCUAGUGGAUGUUAUGGCAACACAGAGCGAUACAGUUACACCUACAAGGACGGGGACAUCCUGUGUGCUUUGGGGAGCUGGUGUGAAGAACAGGUCUGUGACUGUGAUAAGAGCACUGCUUUCUGCCUGGAAAGGAACCUGAAGACGUUCAACAGCCUCUACGUUCGCUACCGAGACAGCAAGUGCACAGGAUUCACACCCAACUGCUAG